ACUCAACUCCCAGUUCAAAUCUUGUAUACUCUCUUUACAUUGCGUGAUCAAAUUAGGUUUACUGUGAUGCUUUUCGAUCCAUCAUUAUCCUUCCUAACAUGAGAAUCAAACAUGAAUCUUCCUUCAUGAUUGGGGUUUCCGUCUCUCCAUACCCUAGCAUUCCCCCAGGAAUUUCCGAUGAUUCCACCAGCGAUGAUAGGAAUUGGUCAACUCCUGGAUGCCAUGGAAUCUGGCGUAGUGCUUUGCUGGUUGGUUGUUCGGUGUUCUUCCUGCUUUAUUUAACGUUUCACGUUAGGAAGAAUCUGAAGAAGCUUAGAAAUGGACGAUCAUAUAUAAUGAUUGCUUAUUAUGCCCUUCUCUGGUUCGCUGCUUUGCUUAAUCUUGCUUGGUGCACUCUUCAGACAUGGGAGUGUACUCCAGGGAAGGUUGUUGCUUGGAACGCGUUGACAUUGUUCUCAUCAGCUGCUAUGCUUUGUUUGGAGAUUAGCUUGAUUGGCUUCUUGCUUCAGGAGAAUUAUGCCACUGGAUUAGAAGCACUUGCACGGAUUUUUUUUCUUUCUGGUCUCAUUGUCGGAGUGGAUGUGCUUCUCAAGGCAAUUUAUGUAUUUGGUUUUGGCAUCCCACUGUUCUUUGACAGUAAUGAACCUAAGACAAAAUGGACUCUCUGGUUAAUCCACACCUUUUUGCUUACAGUGGUAUAUAGCUACAUACUUUUUGUGCAUUACUCAAAAUGGACCGACAGGUUACCUCCUCGACCUGCAUUUUACAAAUAUGUUGUUGUAAUGCUUGUAAUCAAUGGCAUGGCUCUAUUUUCAUCAGGGCUUGCAACAAUUGGGGCUAGUUUUGGAAUUUGGUUGUACAAUCUCGAUAUCAUCUGCUAUCGAUGUCUCUAUCUUCCCUUUCUGUAUAUUACUUUCUUAGCUGACUUCUUCCAGGAGGACGACUUACUUUUGGACAACGCAUAUUACUCGGAGAUGCGAGAUGCUGGUUUCUUUGUUGACUGGGAUUAUUAGCAAAGGUAGGAUUAAUUAUCUGUAACUGUCUGUGUAAAUGUCAAAAUAAUGCUUGUAUGAAAAAGUUUACAAUUAACUUUACUAUUGAAGAAGAUUAUGAUGCAUUAAAUAUAUAACAUCUGUUUACAAAAAGAGUGAAAACAAAUUUACUUUGA